AUGUGGGAGGCUCGCUCGUCCUCCUUUUGGAGGGCUAUGUUUGCUGAGUUCUUUGGCACCAUGUUCUAUGUGUUUUUUGGCCUGGGGGCUUCACUUCGCUGGGUCGUUGGCCCCCUUAACGUUCUACAGGUGGCACUGGCCUUUGGUUUGGUGGCCGCCACCAUGGUGCAGUCUCUAGGCCACGUGAGCGGUGCCCACAUCAAUCCAGCGGUCACCAUGGCCUUCUUGCUGGGCUCCCAGCUCUCCCUCUUCCGUGCUGUCUUCUACAUGGUGGCCCAGGUGCUGGGAGGAGUGGCUGGGGCAGCCGUGCUUUAUGGAGUCACGCCACCAGCGCUGCGGGGUAACCUGGCACUCAACACGAUACACCCCAGUGUAAAUGUAGGCCAAGCUACCGUCGUGGAGAUCUUCCUGACCCUGCAGUUUGUCCUCUGCAUCUUUGCCACCUACGAUGAGAGACGCAAUGGGCGCAUGGGGUCUGUCGCGAUGGCUGUGGGAUUCUCCCUCACUCUUGGACACCUCUUUGGGAUAUAUUACACAGGAGCUGGCAUGAAUCCUGCCCGAUCUUUCGCCCCUGCUGUUAUCACCCGCAAUUUCACCAACCACUGGGUGUAUUGGGUUGGACCCAUAAUCGGUGGUGUAUUGGGCGGCUUCUUGUAUGACUUCAUCCUCUUCCCCCGGAUGCGUGGCAUCUCAGAGCGCCUGUCUAUCCUCAAAGGUGACCGGCCAGCUGAAACGAGUGCCGCCCCAGAGCCUCCUGGGGAACCUGUUGAGCUGAAGACGCAAGCACUAUAA